ACGAUUGAAUGGCGGAGCAGACUCGAUGGGUCCACGUUUUAUGGUCUUGCGGUCGUAAUGAAAUGAAAUGACUGCAUGCGGAACAGCGUUUCCAGCUCAGUAUCGACAAUAAUAAAACGAUUGCUGUUCGUGUUUUUUUUAAGGGGGGAAGAGGCCUGUCAUUGUGAAAGUGAUAGCGAAAGUAUUUCCCGCCUGGGAAAUCCCACCGAGCGGCAGGUCCCCGCAGAGGGACUGAUCAGCACCUCUCCCAGACAUUGCACGACCCUACGUCGCGAUGACCACACGGGGGCUGAAGGUGUUCUAUGAGCGUAAAGCUGCCCAACGGUCCCAUCUCCAAAAGCUACCGUGUUCACAUUAUGCGGACGUGGAGAAACUGAAGGAAUGGAUCUUGGACUCACUGCAUCAGGGGCUGUGCAUCUUCCCGUGCACCAGAUGCAACGGGAUCCGCGUUCCCUGGCAAACGCUGCGCCACCUAGCGGCCUUCACGCAGCAGCAACUGAGUUCCGCCGAGGAGAGUCUCCGCUCCAAUUGCCGGAAGCACCCCGACGAGCUGAAGGAGUGCCCACGGUGUGCCAGGCUGGUACAGAGAAGCAGUAGCGAGGUUCUGUGUGUUGAAUGCCCUCAGUGCCCGGGACGGAGUGAGGAGGAUUUCUGGUUCUGCUGGAAUUGUCGUCGGGAGUGGACGGGCUCGAAAACUCCGGGGGUGACCUGCCCCUACUCCGACUGCAGCCCGCUGGUGCUCCUGAGUUCGUGCAAGAUCAUUGAGCGUCCGGACAGCGAGGUUGACGGCUGCCCGAGUGUGCGGCACUGCCCACAGUGUUCGGUGCUCAUGUCCCACCAGGGCGGCUACAAUUACAUGAUUUGCCCCAGCUGCGAUUAUCACUUCUGUUAUCGGUGCCUCCAGUCGACUGAACACUGCGAUGACGACUGCAACAUUCUGCCAAACCCCAGGGUCCCCUAACUGCACGGUGUCCAUGAGACAUAGAGGCAGAAUCAGGCCAAUCGACCCAGUGAGUCCUCGUUCAGUAAUCAUGGCUGAUUUGCUUGUCUGCAGUCCCACUCUCCUGCCUUCUCCCCAGAACCUUUGAUGCCCUGACUGACUAAUCAAGAACCUAUCCACCUCUACUUUACCCAAUGACUUGGCCUCCACAGCUCUCUGUAGCAAUGAAUCCCACAGAUUCACCACCCUCUGGCUGAAGAAAUUCCUCCUCAUCUGUUCUAAAAGAACAUUUUUCUAAUCUGAGGCUGCGCCCUCUGGUCCUAGAUUACCCCAUUAUAGGAAAAAUCCUCUGCACAUCCACUCUUUCUCAGUAUUCUGUAGGUUUCAAGGAAGUACCCCUCGUUUGUCUAAACUCCAGUGAGCCAUCAAAUACUUCUCAUACAUUAACCCUUUCUCAUUAACCUCCUCAGGGCCCUCUCCAAUUCCUGCACCUCCUUUCUUAGAUUAGAGACCCAAAUCCUCAUUUUAAACACCAGUGCCUGUAGAUCCAAGUUUGGGUUCUCAUUCAAUGAUGUUCCCCCUAGGUGUUUGCCCCUCUGCUGGGGUCUUGCCCCUUGUCAUCGCUUGUAGAUGCAGGAACCAGGCUGAAGAGAGGACAACAGCUGGCAACGUUGGUUGGCUGACACCUCCCUUUCAUGAGAAAUGGGUUCCUGGCGGACAGAUGUGAUUCAUCUGCCGCUGUCAACUUGGGAGUGGUGGCAGCAGUUACUGGGGGCAGUGGGGUGGGGAGGGAAUCAGACCCUGGCCUGUGAACCGGCCAAAACCCUGCUGCAGUCCUCAGCUCUGUGAAAUCUCACUCCACAGGAGACCACUUGGCCCAGCCAGUCUCUCCCUCCUAACACCCCAACCCCCUCCAUUCUCCAUAUCCAGUGCCCCCCUCCCCAGUUUGCUCUGGAAAACCCUGUUGAAUCCGCUCCCCCUCCCUUCUAGGAAUCCCGUACCACAACAACUCACCUGCUCUUCCCCCUGGUUCUUCUGCUGAUGAUUGCCCUCCGUGGCCUUUGGGCACCCAGCCUCCUGCGCCGGGAACAGAUCCCUCAGUGCUAGUUCCCGCUACCCUGGGGAAAUGUCUGUGGUGUAGUGUCUACGAGCCAAUGGUGAAUCUGUACAGUACGAAAAAAGAGAAAUAAAGA